AUGGAGAAGAGCGAGUCUGGACUCUUCGCAUUUUGUUUGUUAUUUCUAGCCGUGGCAUUGUUCUGCUACUGCUGGGAGAUCUCGACACGUACACCAUGGGACGCAGUGCGAAGAACCCUACGAAGUGCUGUAUCGCAAAGGAAUCGGGAACAGGCAAACACUUCGCCAGCUGAAAAAAGCAGUGACCCUGAUCUGGAAGCCGUCAAUGGAACACAGAAUCAGGAAAAUAAUCAUUCUCCUCCUCGACACUCGAUCGCACGGGCUGUAACGUGGAUCCCAGCUGUGCUCUGGCCAUUCUCCCUCAUUCCUGCAUUGCUUUCCUAUAAACCGUCAGGGAUCCACCACUCUUUAAAUACAAACUCAUCAGAGGUCUGGAACAGUACGACGUUGGAGCUGGACCCUGACAUCGGAGGCACCGGUAUCAGAGUGGGUAUUUAUAUUCCAGUUGGCCUAGCCCUCUUGACACUUCUUGCUGGACUUCUGCACAACGACGACAGUGGAGCAAAGGAGAUUGGGAAUGCUCAGCUUCUCACUUUAUUCUACCUGAACUUCAACGCCGUGAAAGCGGCCUGGCCCCGAUUCGAAGAGCUUACCUUCCCCGAGGUAAUGGUAGCCUGUAUGAGCAUCGACCUCACAGCUGCAGGUCUUCAAAUGACAACUUCUGGCAAAGAAAGCUUGGCAUCUCGGUGGUUUGUCUUUGCAUCAGCGCUGAACCAGCUCGUUGCCGCUUCCAUCGUUUGCGCAAUGCUCGCUCGCAUUCGACACAAUUACUCCUUCUCGAGUGGGCACUGUGCGUACAUCAACUGGUGGGGUCGAGUCGACAGCUGCAAUGGGCCAUCUAAAUCGACAUGGGCAUACCUAGCUGCACGAUGGUGUAUCCUACUCCACGGCCUGUGGUUAGAUUGGCGCUAUGCACAAGAGUUUCACAUUAUCGAGAAUGACUGGCGAUCGCUAGCGAGCGGCGACCAAGAGACCGAGAAGAGCAAAGGCGACUUCGACGACGAGACAGAUUAUCUCUACGGACGUCUGCGAGCUACUGUAUUUUCCAAAUGGGCGGAGCUUUUGCCGAGUAUACUGGUAGCCAUGACCGGAAUCGAAACCCUUGUUCGCCGCAUACCUUUGGAUAGCAACAUCACCGACUGGGGGUCAGAGCGCUGCGUUGUUGUGUAUGAGCUGAUGGAUGAUGACUACCGCAAACUUCGCCCUGUCGACUACCCGAGAUACACCAAUGCAUGGCUUCCUCGCAAGGGUCUGUGGAAUCAAAAAUUGAUCGAAGCCGCGAGAACGGGGGACAUCAAAGCCGUCAGGGAGGCGCUAAGGGGGAAAAGAGCAGACGUGGACCAUGUCGAAGAUGGGAUGACAGCCUUGCUCUAUGCCGUCAGCCUCGACAAUGUUGAUCUUGUCAUCGAACUCAUGUCACCAAAGCACGACGCCAAAGUUGCCGUAGAAACGACUGCUCCUGCCGUCUCUUUCGCGGCCGAACACGGAAGGCUGAACGUUCUAAAGCAUUUCAUCCCCAUGCCUCCAGUACAACAGGAAGGCUCAACCAGACUGAGGAGCGUGAAGCGGACUCUUGAGCGUAAUCUGACCAUGGCAUUUCGACCAGAUACCGGAGGCGACAAUCAGUACUCACGCCAGCCAGAUGCAAAUGGCAGGAGCCCGCUAUGGCUCGCUGCUGUCAACGGCCAUAACGAUGCCGUAGAGCACAUCCUUCGGGUGUGGGAUCAAUCUACCAUUGCUCAGGAGUUAUCGAAACACGACCAUAUAACACAGCGCACUUUGCCGUUUGAAGUGGCUGAGAGGGAGGAUACCGAAAUCUUGAAGGAUCUUCUUCUCAAACGCUGUCCCACAGCAGCCCUGCAGGACACUCUCAAGACAGCCGUCGAGCAGGAGUCUGUAAAGGCUCUUUCGACGCUCAUUAAGUGUGAUCUGGGGACUUUUGCUGUCAAUGAAGAAGGCUACACGAUCCUUCACCUGAUGGCUCGCAGCAAUCAACGCAAUAGUCCACUGUUCGACCUGAUCAUCCAAGCUGGACAGUCUGUGGACAUUGGUGAUAGCAAAGGCCGUACCCCUCUUCAUAUCGCGACUCUUUCAAACGCCAGGUUUGUCGCCUUGGAUCUGUGCCGCUCUGGCGCGAACCCACAUGUGAAAGACACAUUCGGCAAAACGCCGUUCUUGAGUGCCGUCGAGAGUAAAGCUGAUUUCUUUGUUGAUCACUUUUGCAAGCAGGAUAAAUUUCACGAGGACCUGUUUUCUGCCCUGCAGGAAAUACCUGGCCCAAUACCGGUCGAAAUUUGUGAGAUGUUGUGGUCAACAACGAUGUACCGCAAAAUGCCACUUUUCCUCCACGCCCUGAACCGACUGAAUGAUUCUCUUUUCAUCGCAUUGAUCAAGUCAUCCAAAAGAUGGCACCAAAGAUCUCUUAGACGCAACAGGAUUCACGGCAACGACGACUGGUUCGGAGCGUCUUCUAUAUCCGCUAAGUUGGGAACAAUCUUUGAGCUAAUGUCGAUGGAGGAUCGCAGAGCUUGUGAGCAACGUAUCAGGAAAGGAGGCGGAGGGCGCUAUCUCGAUGAUCCUCCAAGAGACUACAAGUGCAAUUUCGAUGAGCUGACAACAAGCAAAGCUUUUACGGGCAAUCUGCAUGUGCUUAAUACCGACGAAGGUGGCAUUGAGAUUGAGGACGAGACAGAGGCACGUCUUGACUUUGAAUCUCAUCUUGGCCCUAGACCCAGCGUCACAACAUACCAUGUCGCGAUUUGGCCGGGAAGGAGAGUGUCGCCAGGAGAGGCCAGGUUCCGUGUUUACUAUGUCCUUAAAGAGCUUCCAGAUCCGACCUUCACCAGCUUUUCCGUUAUCGUCGACAACAAGCGGGUUGGAUUGGGCAUCCGUUCAUACGAAGACGACGACAUUUGGAGACAGUUCUUCCGCGAGGGUGCAUCGAAUGAAGACCUCUAUUGA